UAUGACUGACAUCUGGGCCCCACUACUGAUUCCCCCACUGCCCCAGCGGCCUCGCGCUGGCCCCUCAGUCCUCACUCCUCCCUCCUUGCAUUCACCGGCGUUGCUCGGCGAGUCCGUACACCGGCGGCGACAAGGGGCGUCCUCUGAACAAGGCAACAAGAUUCCCGAGGAGAGAAUGCUACCAGCAAGCAUUGAAAUACUUACAACUGUUGGGCAGAUCAUUCCAACACCAACGUAAGUUGCAGAGAAAUUAAAGUAGAAGCUGCAAGGAUAUAAAACAAUCUCAUGAUUAAUUAGAUUUUUAUACUAUACGCUUCCCAAAAAACAUGUAUGACUUUAGAAUGAUUUUUCGUUUGUGUUAGUGUUUCUACAAGGAUGUCUUUAAAAAGAUACUUUGCAUAGUUUCAUUGCACAUAUAAUUGCUAGUUUGCUGGUAACAUACACAUCAAAUUCGAUUUUACCCCCUCGUAUUUUUUAAUUGUUUGCCUAUUCCUUACCCUCUUUUGUAUGCUUUGAGUCCAAACGUCGGGAUCGAAGCAAGUCCACAGUUAGGUCCACCUGUGUAAAACCAUUGAAAAAUGUUCCAGCACAGGCUUCCUGUGAAGGAUUGAAGCAUGACAGACACUUGCCUCCUACGCUCGAAAAGUGCAGAAAUGGGCAAUUAUCAUUACCUUCGUCAUCGGAAUAAUGGCAAACAAGCCAACAAAGCUUAUGAGUAAAUAGAAGACUAUUAAUUUUCCUAGACUUGGUACACUGAUGUUUAUGUCGUCCUGUCUAGCUUUGAUGUCCACUGCUUCUCUUGAACUCAUUGAGAGCAAGAACGAUCCAAAACCACCUGAUAACAUGCUAGAGGCUCAUGGAACACAUCGAAUCUCCAUAAUAUGUGCGUCCAUAUCUUAAGGAGAAUUAGACUUAGCAUGGCUGCUGGGAUGUUGAGAGAUGGCACCACCCCAGUCAUGAAGACAAGAUUCAUGCCCACACUACUUAAGAUGGUGCCAAGUAAUAUGCUUGCCACCACUGAUCGCACGGUGAUCUGCUCAGUCCAUGCUCGAACCGGCUCUCCUUCAAAUGCGCGCUCUGUUGAUGGGCCCUCUCUUGGAUCACCAACUGGCUCCAUGCUUUCUCCCUUUCCUCUCUCCAACAAAUUGCAUAUGACAACUUGUCAGAGAGAGUUUGAGGGAUGCAUGUAAGGGUGGAAGAUUGUCCUCAGACGCCGAUUGCUCAAGCUGAUCUUCAGAAUUUUGAUUGGCUACAAAGGUUUGGCUCUUUAUAGAGAGAAUGAGGUCGCAGGUUGGGUUGUUGCAGCUGGUUGCAUUGAGGGACAAUUCUAACCAUACAAUGUUGUGGAAAUUAGAAGAUUAAUCCCACGAAGAAACGAAACACCACUAUAAAAAAGGCAAGCUAAAGAUAGUUUCAAGGUUGCAAAUGCGAACACCCUAUACUUAGAAGGAACAGUAGUCCUUAAUUAACUACCAUGCUCCCUAUAAAAGCCUUCUCUCCCCUUCUCUCCAAUUGCAUCGAGCAUUUGAUUCUGUGUGUAUGUCUUGGUUUUAACCAAGACAUACACACAGAAUCAAAUAAAUAGUUAAACCUUACUGUUCCAUCAAGAGCAACUAAUCGGUCCCCCACAAUGGAUCAUGUCAACGAUCCCCAGGAAGGCAUCUCAACAGAACGUGCCUUUGAGGCUGAUCCCAUCUCAUCGCUGUCGGAGACCAUCACCUUACGGUCAUUGGUGGUUAGCCUCAUCCUUGGUGCAUCCCUCAGUGCCGUCGCCAUGAAGAUCAGCCUAAACUCAGGCUUCCUCCCACCACUCACCAUCCCAGCCGGCCUCAUUGGUUUUUACCUCUCUCGUGCAUUAAUCCGUAUUCUUGAUUACUUUGAGGUGGCACACCUGCCAUUCACCCGGCAAGAGAACACUGUCAUCCAAACCUGUGUCGCCGCCUGCUCCGCCAUUACAUUUAGUGGAGGGUUUGGAACAUACAUUCUCGCAAUGGGCAAGGAAGCAGCUGGAGGGGAUGUCGGGGAUGGAAAGAAUAUUGUCGAGCCCAGCAUUGGCCGGUUGAUCACUUUCCUCUUCCUCGUCAGUUUUUCUGGAAUGUUCAUCCUCAUGCCCUUCAGGAAGGUCAUGAUCAUUCGACACGGGUUGACAUACCCUAGUGGCAUGGCCACAGCACAACUUAUCAAUAGUUUCCAUACCCCUCAAGGCGCCAACAACGCAAGGCAACAAGUGCACAUGCUGUUCAGAUCAUUGGGGGGGACCAUAUUCUGGAAUGCAUUCCAGUGGUUUUUCACUGCUGCAAAGGGCUGCGGCUUCAGAGCCUUCCCAGUGUUUGGCCUCGAGGCAUAUAAGCAUGGAUUCUACUUCGACUUCUGCAUGACCAAUAUCGCCAUCGGCAUGCUAUGCCCAUACAUAAUCACCGUCUCCUUGUUCAUCGGGAGUGUUAUCUCAUGGGGGAUUGUUUCGCCAUACAUUGCAGCAAAGGAGGGGAUCUGGUACACUACUGACCUUAGCACGGCAACCCUCAGCAACAUGAAGGGAUAUAAGGUUUUCAUUGGAGUGUCCAUGAUACUCGCCGAUGGCCUCUUCAACUUCAUGUCGAUCAUGUUCUGCACAUUGUGCGCCAUGUACAAGAGGCGCAGGCAGCCAAUGCAGGGACAAGAUCAUGACAGUGAUGAUGAUAGUGACAUGCAGUUGCCGUUCCACAGCCUCAAUGCUGCUGAGCAGCAGAAGACGAUGCAGAGCUUUGACGACCGGCACAGGGCACAGGUGUUUGUCCGGGACCAUAUACCAAACUGUGUUAGCAUUCUCUGCUACAUCCUCCUAUCGGCGCUCUGCACCAUCGCCAUCCCCUACCUCUACCCGCAGAUAAGGCCCCACCAUGUCGCCCUCAUCUACCUGGCUGCUCCGGUCUUCGCCUUCUGCGACGCCUAUGGUUUUGGCGUGACUGACAUGAACCUGUCGAGUACCUACGGCAAGCUGGCUAUGCUCCUCGUUGGCUCGGUCGUGGGCUGUAACAAUGGCGGUGUGAUCGCUGGCCUCGUCUCCUGCGGGAUCGUGAUGGCGACCAUGUGCAACAGUAACAACCUGAUGCAGGAACUCAAGACUGGGUAUCUAACCCUAACCUCGCCGCGCGCGGUGUUCAUCAGCCAGGCCAUCGGCACGGGGCUCGGGUGCGUCAUCAACCCGGUCAUGUUCUGGGCCUUCUACAAGGCGCAGGACGGUGACACCAACCUCUUCGACGCGCCCUACGCCCGGGUGUACCGCGGCAUCGCCAUGCUGAGCGCUGGCGGGAAGGGGCUGCCCCUGCACAGCCUGUGGCUCUGCAAGCUCUUCUUCGCGCUGGCGCUGGCGCUGAGCGUGUUCCGGGAUGUGGCCGCACGGAAGCAGUGGCGCGUGGCGCCGUACAUGCCGAGCACCAUCUGCGUGGCCAUCGCCUUCGUGGUGCCCGCGCGCAUGCCCAUCGACAUGUUUGUGGGCAGCCUGGUGAUGUACCUGUGGAGGCACGCCGACUCCGGCAAGGCGCCGGCGUUCUCGGCGGCGGUGGCAUCGGGGAUGAUCUGCGGGGAUGGGCUCGGGAACCUGCUGUCGUCGAUGGUGGCGCUGACGCACGUAACGGCGCCCAUGUGCAUCAAGUUCGUGUCGAGCAGUGAAAAUGUCAAGUUGGACGCCUUCCUGGCUACACUGACUAGGACAUAGCUUCUUCUUCUUGGGAUCUUUGUAAAUUUUCCGUAGGGAAGACCGUGGCGUAGUUGCCGUGUUGUAUCCACUUGUAAUUGAGUUAAUUUCAGUCUGAAUUUACAAGUGAAUACAUGCAAUUUUUCA